AUGAUACGGCACCUCCUGGGCUCCCUGGAGUCCCACGUGCCUGGAGGGAGCAAAAUGUCCAACGGCAGCUCCCUCAAUGAGUUCCUCCUCCUGGCAUUUGCAGACACACGGGAGCUGCAGCUCUUGCACUUCUCACUCUUCCUGGGCAUCUACCUGGCUGCCCUCCUGGGCAACAGCCUCAUCGUCACAGCUGUAGCCUUCAACCACCGCCUCCACAACCCCAUGUACUUCUUCCUCCUCAACCUCUCCUUCCUCGACCUUGGCUCCAUCUCCACCACUCUGCACUACGGGACCCUCCUGGGCAGCAGAGCUUGUGUCAAAAUGGCAGCAGCUGCCUGGACCAGUGCUUUUCUCAAUGCUCUCCUGCACACUGCUCACACAUUUUCAAUACCACUGUGCCAAGGCAAUAUCGUGGAGCAGUUCUUCUGUGAGAUUCCACAGAUCCUCAAGCUCUCCUGCUCGGAUGCCCUCCUCAGGGAAGUGGGGCUUCUUGUGGUUAGUGCCUGUUUAGCCUUUGGAUGUUUCAUUUUCAUUGUGGUGUCCUAUGUACAGAUCUUCACUGCUGUGCUGAGGAUCCCCUCUGAGCAGGGCCGGCACAAAGCCUUUUCCAUGUGCCUCCCGCACCUGGCCGUGGUCUCCCUGUUUGUCAGCACCUCAUUUUUUGCCUACCUGAAGCCCCCCUCCCUCUCCUCCCCAUCUCUGGACCUAGUGGUGACUGUUCUGUACUCGGUGGUGCCUCCAACACUGAACCCCCUCAUCUACAGCAUGAGGAACAGGGAGAUCAAGGAUGCCCUGAAGAAACUGGUUCAAUGGACUGCUAAUACAUUUUCAACACCACUCUGUCAGGGCAACACAGUGGACCAGUUCUUCUGUGAAAUUCCCCAGAUCCUCAAGCUCUCCUGCUCGGAUGCCUACCUAAUUGAAGUUGGGCUUAUUGUGGGCCAGCACAAAGCCUUCUCCAUGUGCCUCCCUCACCUGGCCAUGGUCUCCUUGUUUGUCAGCACCUCAUUUUGUGCCUACCUGAAACCCCUCUCCAUCUCUGUCCCAGCUCUGGAUCUGGUGGUGGCUGUUCUGUACUCGGUGGUGCCUCCAGCAGUGAACCCCCUCAUCUACAGCAUGAGGAACAAGGAGCUCAAGGAGGCACUGAGGAAAAUGAUUUCAUGGAUACUUUUCAGCAGUGGCAACAUUGCCAUUGCUCUCCACAAAUGA